AUGCCGCAUUAUGGUGUAAUAGGUGACGGUGAUAUCACGAAAUUGCCUAAUUUGGAUUCAUUCGCCUCUUUAAUUAGUCGUAGUACAAAUGGCAUUGGUGUUCAUGUGGUUUUAGGAGAUGGGAGCUUCGAUUUUAUGGGACAGUACAAUUUGCAAGAAGUUUCAUGUAAACAACUCUUUGUAUGUCAGUGUUUGUGUGCAUUGAUGAUUCUAAGACCGGGUGGGCAUUUUCUCAUGAAAUUAUUCGAUACAUUCACUGAAUUCACUACUGGUCUUAUUUAUAUAAUGGGCCAUUUAUUUGAAGAAAUUUUCAUUGUUAAACCUGUGACCAGCAGACCAGCCAACUCCGAAAAAUUCUUAAUAUGCAAAAGUUUAAGGUCAACUCUGAUUUCAAUGGUUGGCAGUUGCUUACCAGCUCCAAAGUCAUCUGUAACAAGUACUCCUGAGGAUGGCAGUAAGCGUCAUGAUACACCAAGUGGUCCACUGAAGUCACAUCAGCUUCAAGCGAAUAGAAACACUGAGAAGACAACAACAUCUUUGAAUAAGGCUGAAGAUGAUGCCGAUAAAGAAUCAUGUUUAGAUUAUGAUUUUGAACUAAAUAUCACAAAGGAGUCAAAUCCACUUAAAUUCAUGAUCAAUUACCUUUCACAAGUCAAUAAAAAGUUGAGAAAUGUCAUGUCGUCAUCUUGUCGUCAAAAGACUGAUGUGUUAAAAGUGUGUCCAAGUGAAAUUAUGGAAAAUGAUGUAAAGUUCAUGCGUUUUAUGCGAAAUAUGAAUGAAAGAAUUACAACUCGUCAGUGUAUUGCAUUGUCUAAGUUGAUCACAUUUUUGAAAAAUCCACAUCUUGUUGAAGAUAGAAAAAGUGCUUUACGACAAUCAUGUUUGAUGAAAUGGCAGAUUCCAGUGCAAAAACGUUUACAUAUACCAUGGCCAAUGACAGAUGGAAGUAGACUCACACUGAAUCAAUAUUUGUUGUUAGCUGACAGUAGAAUACCUUUACCUCGUGAAUAUUGUCCUCAUACAAGACUCACUUCAAUAAAUAAGAAAGAUAUAAAUGAUCAGAAGGAUUGGAAUGGGCAUCAUAUUGGAUUGGUUUGUGGUAAACCACCCCUCACUUCCUUAUUCAAAGCUGCUCAACCGAUGUUGAUUUAUUCACGUGGUAGCAGAAAUGAAGAUAAAUUGUGCACAACAGAUGGAGAUACUUGGGAAACAUUAAAUGAAGUGAUACCAGACUUACAACCUCGACUUCCAGCAGGUACUUUGAUUUGGGGACGAGCAACUAACGAAUACUGUUCAAAGACUGGAUUACGAAAACAUGCAUUGUUUGUUUACGAUGUUUUGUGCAUAUAUGGUCGUGAUUGCCGUCAACUUGGUUAUAAAGAGCGAAUGAAAGCUGUCGAACGAAUGGUGAGUGUAGUUAAUUUUCCUGAUAUGAAAUCAUCGAAUAUUCGUGUUCCACCGUUUGUCCAUUUAUCACAACUUGAUGAUUAUAUAAAUGGACUUCUCCUUUUUCCAUUGGAACACCCUCAGAAAUAUGUGCGAAUGCAUUGUUUCUCUGAUGGUUUCAUGUUCCAGCCUCAUUGUUUGUUGUUAGUCAAACACUUAAAAGGGGAAUUGAGCAAGUCAGUAAAUCGACGUACUGGGGAAUUAAUGGAUUUAAGUAAGAACGCCAUAAAAUCUGCUUCUGAUUUACCUGAAAGUGGAGAACAUUUAUUCAAGGAUACACGUUACAUGGAAGUACCUUGGGGAGAAGAAGAAGAAGCAGCAGCGGAGAAUUGUACAGACGUUAUCAGUUUGGUAGAACAUCUUAAAAAGUUGAGUAUUCUCAAGCUAUAA